AAGCCGCUUCAAACUGAAACAAGGUACUUUCCAAACCCGAGCAGGCUGAAAUCUGGACAUCAUGAGACCCGAUUAGGAACACACGGGGUUAAGAGCAGGCAGAGCUGAGCCGGGACCCAGGGGGUUAAACCUGGAUCUCUCUCUCUCUCUCUCUCUCUGUGUGUCUCUCUUGUGCAGAGAGUCGGGAGUUUACGGAGCUGUGUUGGAGAAAGUGUGGCUCUGGGCAAAACGGGUCAGUCCGGCUGUGGGGGGGGGCGGAGCGAUCACAUCGGAAGGCUGUGUGAAAACUCACUAGUGCCAAUCUACAUGUAGACGGCGGAGUGGAUACAGUGUCUCUGAACUGUCAGGAGCGUUACAAGAGCCUGACUGUGUCGUGUGAGAGUAUGAGAGACAGACAGCGAUGGAUGUGUAGGUUUUGCUGGCUGUCUGUGUUUGUCACUUUCCACCUGCUGACCAUCCUUCAGUGCUCGUACACGCACAGAAAGGUGCCUCAGCGGAAAUCGAGGCAGGCGGUGGAGGCACAGGAGACAGCGGACGGUAUUCCGGGGGUCUGGAGCUCUUGGGGCCCCUGGUCAGCCUGUUCCAGUUCCUGCGGGAUUGGAAUCGCCCAGCAGAGCCGCAGGUGUGUCCCGCAGGAGCCCGAGGGCCAGAGGUGGGCUCUUCAGCCAAGGGGGCCGUACCCGCCGCCUCGGCCCUCCCACGGGGAAGGCCAGUACUCUGGACGAGCCAUCUCCGCACUGAGGCCCACUUACUCCCUCCACGUGGACAGCGAGCCACCAACCUUCUCCCGUGGCCAGUCCCCGACACUCCAAGCACAGCAAGAGCCCGCCGGCUAUCAGCAAGGGGAGGCGUCCAAUCAGCACUCUCUCCCGCUGUACGCCGACCAGUUUGCGCCCAAUCAGCCAGAGGAUGGCGUUUUCAGGCACAGGCAGCCAACCAAUGGGGAAUCGACGCCACACCAGCGAUACAGACAGCUGUCCAAUCGGGGAUCAACCCCUCUUUACCGACAGCACCAACCGUCCAAUCAUGACAGGCAACAGCUUGCAGCCAGUAGGGAUUUGUCUUCGUCUUACGGGGUUCAAAGCCUGAUUAAUCGAGAGGCCAGUCCGCUCUAUACCCCUGAAGGCUCAUCCUAUCAAGGCACAGGUUCACAGCCAAGGCAAAGAAGUCUGGCCAAUUGGAGAGCUUCGACAGGAAACAGAAGGUCUUUGAUGAUCAGACAAGAGUUACGCUCUUCCAACAGGUCCCACAGCAGGAGUGCGAUCCGCCCGGGCCAGUACGGAUACGGUAAAGUCCCCUCGAACUUCCAGCUCCGCGGGGCCAUGGCUCACCUUCUCCAGGCAGCUCCGAGCGCUCAGCACAACCGGAACAAGCGGGGGGCGGGCCCGGCGGGGUACGGGGGGACCGAGGGCCCCGUCAGGAAGAGGAGGCGGAGGCGGGGAAGGGACGAGUGGCCCCGGCCGGGGCUCCAGCGGGAGGAAGGCGAGAGCGACCCCCCGUGUCCAGCCGGCCCACCGGCUCACUCCGCCCGCCUCAACUUCACCUCGAGGGGCACCGUCGACGGGGCGGAGCGCCGAGGCCGGGCCGGGGACCGGGCCCCAGCUCCCAGCCGCCGACGGCGCCGCUCUCCCGGGCGGGGCCCCGGCUCGGAACCGCGGGAGGGGGGGAGCCGCCCCCGAAAGCAGCGACCCCAGGGCCAGCGGCCCCCUCACGGCAGCGGGAGCCGGGCUCGGAGACAGGAGGAUCCGGGCAGCGAGGAGCCCGAUCCCCAGCGAUGGGCAGCGGCCGCUUGUCCCGGGGCCGGGAGGCGAUACCAGACCUGCAGCUUGUCAGCCUGUCCCUCCAGUAACGUAGACCCGCGGAAAGCACAGUGCGCAGGAUUCAACCAUCUGCAGUUCAUGGGCCGUUACUACGAGUGGGAGCCUUUCACUGAAGUGCGGAAGGACCAGCAGUGUGAGCUGAACUGCCGGCCAACAGGCUACAGGUUCUAUGUGCGACACGCAGACAGGGUGCUGGACGGUACUCCCUGUGAGGCAAACUCCACCGACGUGUGUGUGGGAGGCCUCUGCCUGACGGCAGGCUGCGAUGGGAUGCUGGGCUCAGCCGCGCAGCCGGAUAAGUGCGGAGUGUGCGGGGGGGACGGCUCCUCCUGUCAGCGGGUCUUCGGGAUGUUCGAGGAUUCCCAGGUCAACGUCGGCUACCAUAAGAUCAUCGAGAUCCCGGUCGGAGCGACGAGAAUUAACGUGACCGAGGUGGCCAGGAGUCGAAACUACCUGGCCCUGAGGAGCCGAUCAGGCCAAUCGAUAAUCAAUGGGAACUGGGCCAUCGAUCGGCCGGGGAAGUACGAGGCAGCGGGGACCGUGUUCAUGUACAAGCGACCGACCGAGACCAGCGGAGAAUCCUUCUACGCUGAGGGGCCAACAACGGAGAGCCUGGUUGUUUAUAUGAUUUUCCAGCAGGACAAUCCUGGGAUUCAUUAUGAGUUUGUUCUCCCUGUGGAAAAACCUGCUCACCCACCCCAGAAUUCCCACCAUCCUGCUCAGAGUUACGGCUCAGUGGUCACAGGGGGUGUGAGGGAAGUGUCGGCGUUGGCAAGCGGCCCCGUUGUGGCGCACCACGGGAAUGUCGGACCGUACCCGGCGAGUGCCGGCGGCGCACACCGCGGGAACGUUGGGACACACCGCGGGAACGUUGGGACACACCGUGGGAACGUUGGGACACACCAGGGUACCCCGUUUGCGCCCAGGGCCCGUGGGGGUCAGCGUGACCGACGGCUGCAGGUUUACCACACCGACGCGGAGGAGGACCCUGUCCAGCCCCAACCCGUCUAUCACUGGACGUCCCAGAGGACAACCGAGUGCUCCGUGUCUUGCGGGAAAGGAUUCCAGUAUCCCAUCUUCGAUUGCGUGGCCCUGGACACGCAGGAGCUGGUCCCCAGUGGCCACUGUGAUGUGGCAUCCAAACCAGCAAGUGUGGCAGAAGCCUGUAACACCCACGCCUGCCCUGCUUUUUGGAGUGUGGGAGCCUGGUCACAAUGCAGCAAGACCUGUGGACGUGGCAUUCAUAACCGGCAGGUGCUCUGUCGUCAGGCAUAUGCAAACCGGACCGUCACUGUCCAUCAUCACAGCUGCAGUCACCUGGAGAAGCCCAACGCCACUCAACCGUGUGAGGCUCGGGCCUGUACCUACUGGCAGAUACAGACCGACUGGGAAUCGUGUUCCGUUCCAUGCGGAGUUGGCCAGAGGAAGCGGAGCAUCCGCUGCGUCAGUAACCAGGGCAACGUGGUGGGGGAGGGGGAGUGCAGCGCCAAGCAGAAACCCACCGACAGCGAGACGUGUGACAUGGGCCCGUGUGUGAAGACCUGGUUCUACACUGACUGGAGCAGCAAGUGCUCAGCCGAGUGUGGGAUUGGGGUACAGAAGAGGUCGGUCCUGUGCUUGACCAACUACAUCAACGACCAUUCUCCCAAAGGCUGCGAGGGACCCAGACCCCCCGAGACGCGGGCAUGCACCCGGCCACACUGCCAGCACCAGGUGCGGUGGUACACCAGCCCCUGGAACCAGUGUCCUGUUCAGUGUGGCAAUGGCACCCAGAAUCGGGACCUCAUCUGUGUCAUCAAAUUGGGGAACAAUUUCACCGUGACGGCGCCGGCAGACUGUGCGCAUCUGGAUAAGCCUCCCUCGGUGCAGCCGUGCAGUGCUGGUCCUUGUGGGGCCCGGUGGUUCAUUACAGGCUGGAGUGAGUGCUCCAAGUCGUGCAUGGGCGGGGUCCAGGUGAGGGAGGUGAGGUGUCUGGAUGACGCAGGCUUUCCCAGCAGCCUCUGCGAUGUGGCGGAGAAGCCAAGUGACCAGCGGAUUUGCCACAGUCACCCCUGUAUCCCGGAGCUUGACGAAAACUGCAAGGACAAGCAUUAUAACUGCCCUGUGGUGAUGCAGGCCCGGCUAUGUGUCUAUUCUUACUAUAAAAUGGUUUGCUGUGCGUCCUGCACCCAUGCCGAGCGCCGAGCGAGCGACCCCCGACACCACGGCAUGUCCGGCCGCGGCGGAGGAGCCUGAGGACUUCGCUCUUUCCUUCCUUUCUUUCCCCGAAGUUUAGGCCGAGAUCUGUACGUUUGUCACCACCGCUCCCUUUGGCGCCGCUCGGGCGGUCGCCCAGGGCAAUGGCUAGGCCUCGAAGCCUGGCACAAUUAACCACCGCUACUUUCUAUCAGACGCAACAGUUAGUCUUCCUCUAAAUAUUAUGUACCUGGGUCAGGACUAUUGCUGAAAUCUAUUUAUUUAUUUAUUUUAUUGACACGGCCGCGGUUGAGAUCCCGGUUCGAGGUUUUAUCCAGCACCACCCCCCCCCCGCCAGCAGCUGCCCCUGAUCUAUCGCCAGCGGAGGGUUCCUUGCCCCAGACACCACCACCAUCCUCCUGAGAACGAUCGAGAGGUUCCUGCCUUUGAGAGCCUCUCAACAGUAGAGUUCACCCUCCCCACCGCCUCCAAUUCUCCAUAGGCUGCCCUCCCUCUUCUUCGAUCACCCUUCAACCCGUCCCCUCUUGCCCCCCGCCCCCCACCCCCGACACACCAUGAGCGGUGCUGUUCUAAGCUCUGCUCUCCUCUCCUGCAACGCUCCCGGCUGACCUGCUCUCCCUCCGCGCUGUUCCUCUCCUCGCUUCCAAGUUAACCGCAGCGAAGGCUGAAGCCGUUACUCUCCGUCCCCACUCCGAACCCCGAUUUUCCCCAGCUUGGCCCCCCCUUUCCCUGACAACCGUCUCGGCUCAGGCCAGUCCGUUUGUAAACUCGGGGUCUCAUUUCAUCCUGAGGUGAGCUUCCGAGGACUUGAUGGCUUCACAACUAAGGCCGUCUGUUCCCACCCAGCCCCAUUUACCACACUCUGCACCUGCUGACUUCAGUUGGGUUACUAGUCUGUCCACACCUCUUUUAAAAUUCUCAUCCUUGUUUUCAAAUCCCUCCAAGGACUCCCCCCUCCCUAUCUCUGUAACCCCCUCCAGCCCCUACACCCCUCCCUAUCUCUGUAACCUCCUCCAGCCCCUA